AUGGCCGGUCACCGCUCGUCGGCCGGGGCUCCAAUUAUCUCGUUGAGAGAAGUAUGCGCGCGCGCUGGGAACCGCGACCGGGUUCCAGGGUGGGCUAAUAUUGGCUUCAACGCGCCUUCCGACGCCAGUAUGAUCAAUCGAGAAGGGGCGUCGGCACGAAGGCACCAACGAGAGUUUGAAUAUGCAGCGAUGGCACUAGAGGGUUUCGAGGGCCCGCGCGGAGGACCAUCAAGCGGCCGAGUGGCAGGAGACGUGUCAAUGUCGCCGCUGGCCGAACUCGACGACACUCGUGGAAGUAGCUCUAAUGACACCUUGGAAAGUGCUACUCGUGCCAUCUUCGAGAAUUUUACGGACACAUUGGCGGGUCUCUCAGGGCUUGGUAUCUCG